AUGAGUUUUUUUUUGAAUUAAAAGGACAAAUAAGAAAAUAGUCCUGGCUAUAAAAACAUUAAAGAUUAGUAUAUUUAGCUUCUGCAUUAAUUCAUUAAAUCUUAAAUAAUUUAAUUAUUGCAUCAAAUCUUAAUUAAAAUGGGAAUAUGUGCUUCAUAGAGAAGUAUAAAAUAAUAGCAGUAAAGAUAAUAACUAAAAAUUGUACUACCUAAUUAGUUUUAAUAAGAAAAAAUUCAAGAACCUUAAAUUGUGAUUUAAUCCAUAAAAGAAUAAUCAGCCUAAAAUAGUCAAUAAAGUAUACAUAGUAUGAGGAGUAUUCAUUCUCCAGGAAUGAUAUCUGAGGAUAAAUAGCAAUUACAAAAUUAUAAUCUAUCUAAAAAAUGUUAAAGAGCAAUAGGAGCAAAAAUUAAAAAAUCUCCUUCUCAAAGAUCAUUAUCAUCAAGAUCAUUAAGUAAUUGUAGCUAACCACUUAGAGGAACUGUUUUAUAAGGAGUUUAAUUUUUUAGUACAAAUGCAUCUAAAAAAUACUCAUUUAUACAUAAGAAAGAAUUACAAAUGAAUGUAUGUCUUAAUUAUAUAUGAAUAUAUCUAGAAAGAGUUAUCGUUUGUUUAAAACAACAAAACUGGUAAAAAGGUACAUUUAGAAAUUCUUUAAAAAGAAGAAGAAGAAAGCAUAAAAUUUAUUUAUUGGCUUAAAUCCAAUUAAUUAGUAUUUCAUUUUUGUAAUUAUAAGGAACACGAAAAUAUACUAAAAAAUUUAGAAGUCCAUUAAGAUAAUACCUCCUAUCAAUUAAUCUAUGAAUAUUUUGAUGGUUGCUAAUUAUCACGAUUACCAAGUUCAGUUGAUAUUUCUGAAAAAGAUUUAGUAAAUAUUGCUGAUUAAAUGUUUUCAGUUCUUGCUUAUUUAAAAAAUUAAUAAAUGAUUCAUGGGAAUAUGACUAUUAAUAGUUGGGAAUAUUAAUUUCAAUCUGAAUAAGUAAUAAUUAAAUUAAUUGAUAUAAAACCUAUAUCUAUAUCAGUUAAAUGUGUAGAUGAUAUUGAAGUUUUAGAAUUUACCCCUCCAGAUGUUCUCUAUAAAGAUGAAAUCUAAGAAACACGAGAUUUAUGGGCUGUAAUGAUGAUUAUUUACACCCUUGGUAAAGGUGAAGUACCAUAUAAAAUACCUCCUAAAUUAUAUAAUGAUAUUCCAUCUGUAAAAUAAUUUAUUCUAAAUUAUUAAUUUGAUGUAGAUUAAGAUUUAAAGAAAUGGUCACCUGAAUUUAGAUAUUUUGUUUCAUCAUUAAUAGGAUAAAAGAAUAAAAAAAAAAAAAAGACUUUCGAAUAAUUAUAAAAUAGCGAGUGGUUAAAUAAAUAUAGAUAAGUUGAAAUACCAAUAUAAGAAAGAUUGUUAUUAAAUAUGCUGAAUUAAAAAGAAAGCUGUGAAUUGUAAUAAGCAAUAUUAGAAAUUAUGAUAUAAGAAUUAGAAUAGGAAACAGCACUUUAGUUAUAAAAACUUUUUGGAGAAUUUGAUUUAGAUUUAGAUAUGAAAUUGAAUAAGGAUGAAUUAAUAAAAAUGUUCUAAAAAUAUACAAAAUUAAGAGAUCUAGAAUUUAAUAUAAAUAAAAUAUUCAUUGAUCAUUAAAUAAAAUCAGAAUUCAUGGAAUAAUUUACUUUUUUAUCACUUGGAGCUCCAAGAGAAUAAUUGGUAAAUAGAAUGAAUCUUGAAACUACUUUUAAUCUUUUAAGUAAUAAUAAAGCUGAGAUAAGAGCUACAAACAUUACAAAAUAUCUAAAUGUAAUAAAUGAUGAUCUGGAAGGUUAAUUUAAUGAAUUGGCUGUAGAAUAAAAAGUAAAGAAUAAAAUUUAAAUGAUAGCUUACAUUAGAGUAAUUUAUAAGUGUAAUGGAAUUAUUAAAGUGA